UGCUGCAUAAUAAUCUACUAAAACGCUUGCCAGAACUGGAGCAGCUUUCGAGCAACGCUGACAAACUGUCCUCAGAGCUUCCUCACUUGAACCUAAGGGACAAAACUGAUGAGCUUUUGCAUCGAUGCGCCAAUCUGGCUGAGGCUCUCGAGGCACGUGUAACUUUUUAUGAGGCUGUGAUUGAGAAAAUGGAUGCCUUCGAAACCCUACUGGAGACACUGUCAAGCCGAGUGGAAGACUUGAAGCCACUAGUGGAAGACGUCCUUCAGGCGACAGGACCAAUGGAGCACAUGGAGCUCCAGGCGAAGCAAACUCUCAUCCAAGUG